GUAUUUCGCAGAACUGCCAUUGUGGUACUGUACAACGCUUCGGUGAUCACUCAAUUCUUUCUACAAGACCUCGUUGCCAAGGCUCUAACUCUAAUGGAUGAGCCCCGCAUCACCAUACAAACUGUUAACGAUUUUAAAGAAUUACUCGGCGGUAGUCCAUUCGAUAUACACGUCAAACAUUCACCUGAUGUUACGCCCCUACGCCUACCUGUUUUAAUUUCAACCAAUCACAGUCUAGGCACCUAUAUCAACUCCGUCGACGCUGCCGCUAUAUAUGAACGCCGCCACACAUUCAAAUUCACUGUUCGUGUCGGCUCACCUGAACUGCGUAAACCAGGGUAAACACUUUGUGCCUGUCAUUUUGCGCAUUGGUGUAUGGCUCUUGGUGGAAAGCGAAUUCAGGCUGAUACGACGGACCAAGAUGAAGAGCACGGCGACACGGGAACUACCACUGCUAAACGACUACGACUAUUUCGACCCUCUUACGCUUCAACUACCAUUACCAUUACAAGAAAACAGCAUCUCACCAUCAACCAAUACAAGCCAGGAACUACAAUCGACGUUUAUUCCAUCACAUGCCUGCCAACAUCAACCUUCGAAUUCUGGGCACUCGCUGGAGACCAACG